GCCCUGCGAGGCCGUGCGAGGAGGGCGACUUGUUGAGGACCCCGUCGGCCGCCAUGAAGGUCGGCGUCUAGCUCGCCCAAGACUCCGCCGCCGUCCGCACCCGUUCCCGCAGGCCUCGUGUCGAAGCGGACCGCCGCCAUGUGACUGUGUGUGCGUGUGUGUGUGUGUGCUUCUGCGUGUGUUAGUGACACUGCAAGACGGCUUCAGGAUUACGCGCUCCACGAUGGAGGGGCCGAGGCCCGACCGCGCCGGACGACGGCCCACAACUCCAGCCCCGGGCACCCCAUCUACGUCUUUCCAGUGAAGCCUGACGCGACACAAGCGCGGCCGGCUCCAACAGCCCCGGAUGAGUCUGCUGGGAAAGCCGCUCAACUACCGCGCCAACACCCGCCGCGAUGCCCGGUACCGGCGCCUCCAGAGCAGGGUCUACAACUUCCUGGAGCGGCCCCGCGGCCUGCCGUCCAUCUUCUACCACAUCGUAGUGUUCUGCGUUGUCUUCACUUGCCUCGUGCUCAGCGUCUUCUCGACUAUCGACACCUACGUCGAGAUCGCCAGUGACAUCCUUCUAAAGACAGAGAUGGUGGUCGUCAUUUGGUUUGUGAUAGAAUUUAUUUUAAGGUUAUGGUCGUCAGGAUGCCGGUCCAUAUAUCAAGGCGGCUGUGGCCGUUUAAAAUUCCUGAGAAGGCCUUUCUGCAUCAUCGACAUCAUCACUAUCCUGGCGUCGCUGGUGGUGCUGUCCAUGGGCAGCUCGGGGCAGGUGCUGACGGCACUGCGAGGCCUCCGCUUCUUCCAGAUCCUGCGCAUGGUGCGCAUGGACAGGCGGGGCGGCACUUGGAAGCUGCUAGGCUCUGUCGUGUACGCCCACCGGCAGGAACUGAUAACUACGCUUUAUAUUGGCUUCCUCGGCCUUAUCUUUGCCUCCUUUCUCGUCUAUCUGGUCGAGAAAGAAGCAGGCAACAAGGGCUUCGAAAAUUUCGCUGACGCACUAUGGUGGGGAGUGAUCACCCUGUGCACCGUAGGCUACGGUGACGCAGUACCGUCCACUUGGCAGGGCAAGGUGAUUGCGUCGUUCUGCGCCCUGCUUGGCAUCUCGUUCUUCGCGCUCCCGGCGGGCAUCCUGGGUUCCGGACUGGCGCUCAAAGUGCAGCAGCAGCAGCGGCAGAAGCACAUGAUCCGGCGCCGGCAGCCCGCCGCCAAACUCAUCCAGAGCCUCUGGCGGUGCUACGCCGCGGACGAGCAUUCCAUGUCCACGGCCACGUGGAAGAUCCACCAAAUCCCGCUACCGAGCCCUCCAUCUCGCGUCUCUUCCAGCUUCAAACACAACGCGUCCUUCGUGUCCCGACUGCCCACCAUCCGGCGCCACAAGAGCACGUCCUUCCACCACUCGCCCUCCAUCGCCAAAACCGGGGCGUCCAACCCGAGGGGCUUCGCUGAGUUCAACACGUCCGUCGAGAACCUAGACAGUAGUGGUAGGAACGGGAUGGCCCACCGACACUACAGCGACCUGGAGCUAAGCCCCAGACGCUGCUCUGCGAGCGCCGCGAGCGCCACGGUGCUCAAGAUGGGCGAGGCCACGGCGCUGCCGCUCGUCCUGUGCGGCUUGCUGGACGCCGCGCCCCAGGACGACGAGGACGAGAUCACGACGCGCUUCCGGAACCCGACCGCCCUCAUCUUCCACCCCAAGCGAAACGAAGACGAGGAGCCUCGGUUUGUGCAGCUGACCAACCAACAUAAGGGUGCGAUCAGAGCUAUUCGCAAGAUGAAGUAUUUUGUGGCUCGGAGGCAGUUUAAAGAGGCGCUCAAACCAUACGAUGUUAAGGAUGUAAUCGAACAGUAUUCAUCGGGGCAUGCGGACCUCUUGAAUCGGACCAAACAUAUUCACUACAGACUAGACCAAAUUCUUGGGAGACAGGGUUCCAAAGCGAAAGAUGUUUAUGCUUCAAAAAUUAGUUUAGCUUCAAGAGUGGUAAAAGUAGAAAGACAGGUGGACGACAUCGAGGCCAAGCUCACUGAGCUGAUCGAGAUGUACUCCGAGGACCGCAAGCGGCUGCAGGCGCUGCCUCUGCCGCCCGGCUCCGGGGACACGCCGUCCAUUGCGUCGCUGCCGUCCACGCCGCCCACGCACGCCCACCACCACCACGCCGCCAACCACAUCCGCAACUUCCAGCGGUCCGGGUACAACGCGUCCGAGCCCGCCACGCCUGUGGACAAGCUCUUCGGCGACUCGCCGCCGUCGGCGCGGGCCCUGGCCCAGCAGCAGGGGCACUCGUCCAACGGCCAGUACACCGCCUACGGCCCUGGCUGCGGGCCGGGUUACCUCCCACUCGGAACCUCCAGGGGGACCACACCGGCGCGGGCGCUCGUGCGGGAGUCCUCUGACCUGAGCCUGCGCAAGAAAAAAGUGACUCUGCACUCCAUACCAUCGUUGGACCGCGGCGGCAGCGUCAAGGGCGACGUCGUGAUCGUGGUGCCGAGCCAGGACGAGGCGGAGCAGAGGGCGAGUCCGCCGCGCACUGCGGGCAGCAUAGGGCGAGAGAGCACCUCUUCUACACCUCCCUGGGAAGAUUACAGUCGUUAUGGUGACGACAACGAUAAUGAAGACUCUCUAGGUGCCAGCGAGGACACGGCAUUGCUACGCUCUGCAGCAGCUGGCACAGAAAUAAUAGUGACACCUAUGUCCCCCGCAGUGUCUUCUAACGACCUGACAAGAAUGGAUACUCAAGACGAUGAAAUGAGUGGUAGUAUGAUAAUUCCGUCUUCAAAAAUGGACUUAUUAAAGCCAGAUGUUUUAAUGAACGAAGAUGUGUGAGAAGAAACUUUAGACUUUGAGUGAACUGUUUGUUUCAAUCAACAUUCCCUUUAUCAUUAACCCACCUAAGAGUGGAAAGGCAAGCUCAAAAUUCAAGCCUCGAAGAACGUCUGCUCCUUCAAAAUGGAAAUAUCAAAUAUGCACUGGUAAAACUAAAGCGUAGUAUUACCCUCUGUUUUCAAGCGUCAUCAGUUUACGCUUGAAACCAAGCGUAACAGGCUCAUCCGCCAAGAUCCCCACUAUCUAAAUGCAUGGGGGAAUUUCCAGAGUAUGCUUCAUUUCAAGCGUAGCGUCUUCAAGCGUAACUUUAUGCUUGACUCAAGCAUAGUGUUACGCUUUAGUUUUACCAGUGUGCUUCGUUCUCAGGAUUACCUCCGCAAAGGGGACAGUUUGGUGCAAAAUAUAUCAAAAGAAUUAGGUAAUGGUGCGUAUAGAACGGGGAAGUAACAAGUUAUUUUCUAUCUUGUCAUCACUGACAUGGCAAGCUCAAGUGCUCAUCUCAACUGUGUUUUCACUUUUUAUAAAUUACACAGUACUUUGUAAAUUAUUAGAUUUAUGUACAUUCGUAGUUUAGGCUGCUGAUAUUUUACAAUUUUCGAGGCCAAGUUGUAUUUUUGUUUGGUGCUGCGCAACAAUGCUAUUUCAUCUUGUUCCCUUUACCUCAGCUUCCCUUCCGAGAACGAGAUGAAUCAUGAGAGCCAGAGAAACAAACAGGAAGGCAAACAUAAACUUAUGUUUUUAUAAUUUUUGUAAGCUCAUGAGGGAACGUAUUCAAGGUUUAGAGUGGGGCACCCCUUAACACUUUUCGUACCUUUCGUCCGGAAGUCUGUCAUUUUUAUUUUUCAACGACAUAUUUGCAGAAUGUCUUAGCGACAUCUUUUCCAGUCAUCAUGGUACUCCGCUUGAUCAAUUAAGUGGCAUGGCAUACUGUACAAACAAGUGUGCACAUUACAUGCUUAAGGUUGAAACAUACCGGGCGGAUACACUCCAUCCUGGAGCAUGCUUGGCAUGUUCACUCCACGUGGUGCUUAGGUAUGCACCGCGGCCAAAAAUGUUUUUUUGUCUGUCCAAAAAUUGGCCGGACUUUCAGGUCUGACAGAAACUUAGUGAGACUCUUUGUGUCGCUUUACUUUGACGCAAAGUCGUCCCACUCUGUUUGCAGCAUGCCAUGUACACACUUCAGUUUGGAGAGAAGCAGUGAUCGCCCGGAGAUGCAAUGUCGAAAGACUGAAAUAUCGAGAAAUACACUGGUAAAACUAAAGCGUAAUUCUAGGCUUGAGUCAAGCAUAGAGAUGCGCUUGAAGACGUUACGCUUGAAAUGAACCAUACACUCUAAAUGUCUUACAAUGAAAUUUGA